UACUUCAUUGCACUCAUAAGGGUUAGGAAAUGCAGCUCUUGAUACCAAGCCUCUUCCUGGUUUGCUACUUUUCACAAGCCUGGGCAGUAAACAGAGAAUACUAUAUUGGGAUUACAGAAGUAUAUUGGAAUUAUGCUCCUGGGACAAAGAACAUCAUAUCUGGGAAGCCCUUUUCAGAAGAAGAGCAUUCUAGUGUCUUUCUCCAACAAGGUCCAGACCGGAUAGGAAGCAUCUAUAAGAAAGCUGUUUACACGCAGUUCACAGAUAACUCGUAUAGUAAAACUGUGGAUAAACCUCCUUGGCUGGGCUUUCUGGGCCCCAUUUUAAAGGCAGAAGUUGGUGACUCCUUCACUAUCCAUUUGAAGAAUUUUGCUACUAGACCCUACACUGUCCAUCCACAUGGUGUCAGGUACACAAAAGAAAAUGAAGGUGCAUUUUAUCCCGACAAUACCCACGGUUCACAAAAGAAAGAUGAUGCUGUGCAACCAGGAGAGCAGUAUGUUUAUAAGUGGGAUGUCACUGAAGAUCAUGGCCCAGCAGAGGGAGAUAAUAAUUGUUUGACCAGGAUUUAUCACUCACAUAUAGAUGCCCCAAAGGACGUGGCUUCUGGACUUGUUGGACCGUUGGUAACUUGCAGGAAAGGUACAUUGCAGGAUGGAAAAGAUAAAGAUAUUGAUCUAGAAUUUAUCCUAAUGUUCUCUGUGAUGGAUGAAAACUUUAGCUGGUACUUAGAUGAGAAUAUCAAGCAAUACUGCUCUGAACCUGACAAAGUGGACAAAGAGAAUGAGGACUUCCAGGAGAGCAACAAAAUGCACUCAAUCAAUGGAUAUAUGUAUGGAUAUCUUCCCAAUCUCACAAUGUGUGCUGAACAGAGAGUGAAAUGGCAUCUUUUUAGUCUGGGUAAUGAAGCUGAUAUCCACUCAGCUUAUUUUCAUGGGCAAGUCUUGGCAGAAAGGAAACAUCGUGCGGACACAAUCAACCUCUUCCCAGCUACCUUUGUGGAUGCUUUGAUGGUGCCAAAGAACACUGGGGAAUGGGUCCUGAGCUGUCAAGUCAAUGAUCAUAUAGAAGGUGGUAUGAAUGCCAUUUAUAAGGUGGAGAAGUGUGAAAGCCAUUCUCCUCCUCCCCAGGACAGCCCUAAGGUACGGCACUAUUACAUUGCAGCUGAAGAAGUUAUUUGGAACUACGCCCCAACUGGAAUAAAUAACUUCACAGGAAAAGAAUUAAUUCAUGAUGAGGAAUCCAAAGUCUUUUUUGAACCAGCCCAAAACAGGAUCGGUGGUUCUUAUAAAAAAGCUAUUUUCUUUGAGUAUGUCAAUGAUACCUUUACAGUGCGCAAAAAGAGGCUCCCUGAGGAAGAACAUCUUGGACUUUUGGGACCUGUCAUCAAAGCUGAAGUUGGUGAGGUUAUCCGGGUGACCUUCCGAAACAAAGCUAGUCACCCCUUCAGCAUUCAACCGCAUGGUGUGAGCUACACCAAGGACAAUGAGGGUGCUUUUUACCACACCAACUCUGGAGGCCCUGCAAGUCCAUCCUCACACGUGAAUCCUGGAGCUACCUUCACCUAUGAAUGGCUGGUGCCAGAAGCUGCAAGUCCUGCACAGGAAGAUCCAGAUUGUUUAACUUGGAUUUACUAUUCUGCAUCAGAUCCAAUCAAAGACACCAGCUCUGGCCUGGUUGGCCCACUCCUGGUGUGCAAGAAAGGAUCGCUGCUUCCCUCCGGGAAACAGAAAAACGUAGACAAGGAAUUCUUUCUUCUUGCCACAGUAUUUGAUGAGAAUCUGAGCAAUUAUUUGGAUGACAAUAUUGUGAGGAUUACAAACCAUGGUGAGAUUGAUAAGGAGGACGAAGACUUCCAGGAAUCCAACAAGAUGCACUCCAUAAAUGGAUACAUGUAUGGGAACCAGAAUGGCCUUGAGAUGUGUAAAGGAAGCACUGUUUCUUGGCAUUUGAUCGGCUUGGGAUCUGAGGUCGAUAUUCAUGGAAUAUAUUUUUCAGGAAAUACUUUUUUGUUUAAAGGCACAAGGAAGGACACAGUCAAUCUGUUUCCACAUACUUCUGUCACAAUUGUUAUGAAGCCUGACUCAGAAGGGCUCUUUGAAGUGGCCUGCCUGACAACAGAUCAUUACACCGGGGGCAUGAAACAGAAAUAUGCAGUGAGAAAUUGUGGCUCAUCAAUAGAAGACAAUGGGCCGUAUAGUCAUCAGAAGACUUACUACAUUGCUACAGUGGAGACUGAAUGGGACUAUUCUCCCAACAGGACAUGGGAGCAGGAGAGGCAUCAGUUCCAUGAUGAAAGCCCAGGGAAUCCAUUCUUAAAUAAAGAGGAUAAGUACAUUGGAGCGAUAUACAAGAAAGUUGUUUAUCGGGAGUUUACUGAUGGCACAUUCCGCACUGCUAAGGAAAGGAAGGAAGAGGAAGAGCAUUUGGGAAUUCUAGGUCCUCUGCUUUCUGCAUAUGUUGGAGAUAAAAUUAGAAUUGUCUUUAACAACAAAGCCUCAAGACCUUAUUCUGUCCAUGCACAUGGAGUGAAAACAGACUCUCCAACUGUAGAGGAAACCAGUCCAGGAGCAACUAGAGAGUAUGUCUGGAAAAUCCCAAGGAGAUCUGGUCCAGAGAGAGGUGAUUCCACCUGCAUCCCUUGGGCAUAUUACUCAACCGUAGAUAACAUAAAGGACCUCUACAGUGGAUUAAUUGGGACACUCAUAGUCUGUCGCAGGUCUAAACUUCCACAGCACCCAAAGGUGCAAUUUGCUCUUCUUUUUAUGGUGUUUGAUGAAAAUGAGUCUUGGUACCUUGAUGAAAACAUCCAAACUUAUUCUGCCAAUCCAGAAAGUGUGAAGAAAGACAAUAAAGAGUUUAUUGAAAGCAAUAAAAUGCAUGCCAUUAAUGGAAGGGUGUUUGGAAACUUGCACGGUCUUACUAUGCAUGUUGGAGAUGAAGUCAGCUGGUACCUGACAGGAAUGGGGAAUGAAGUUGAUUUGCAUACAGCACACUUCCACGGCCACAGCUUUGAUUACAAGCUCACAAGAACUUUCCGGGCAGAUGUCUUUGAUCUUUUUCCGGGGACAUUUCAAACUGUGGAAAUGUUGCCAAAGUAUCCUGGGACCUGGUUACUGCACUGUCAUGUGACUGACCAUAUCCAUGCUGGCAUGGAGACAGUUUACACAGUACUCCCAAAAGGAGACUCUACAAAUAUUGUCCAAGAGCAACAGAAGGCGACUCUACAUUAACUAUACUUUGUCUCUAAACAGCUUUAGAAAACAAAUCUGUGACAAAAUCAGCUAUUCAAUAUCAAUUUCCAAGUGAUUUUUAAAAAAUGAAAAUAGGAUGAACAGAAUCCAGACUACUUAAGCAUAACUGCCAUUAAAAUUAAAUGGGACCUGUUA